UUCCUUGCCUUGAUUCAUGCCCAUCCUGUCUCUUUAAUUUCCAGAGACGUCUAUGUUCCCGAGAUAUUAACACCGAUAGCAGGGGACACAUGGGUCAUUGGAAACACAGAAUCUGUGACAUGGAAUGUAUCCUCUCCUCCAGCACAGAUCACGAAUCCUGUUGGACAGAUUCUACUGAGGAAGGGGAAUCUAACCCAGAACGGUAUGUGCAUGACGCUCGCCGGGAAUUUCAGCAUCCUAGCAGGAAACGUGUCCUUUAUCGUUCCAUCCGUCACCCCUGAUGAUGAUUACAGUGUAGUUCUGUUCGGCGAUUCCGGCAACUUCAGCCCUGUAUUCUCUAUUGUGGCG